UGCCAAGGGCGGUGAUGCUCAAGGCCACCUUCCCGGUAGGGCUCAGGAGGGAAUUUUGUGGUUCAAACUUCAGGGAAACGACCCGUCUCCCUGCGCCGCCUCCCCGGGAGAGGAAAGCAGGAGUGGGUUCUCUGGCAGCGUUUCUUUGCCCCUGUUUCCUGGAGAACUCAGUAGGGCUGGGCAGCGUUGAGGAAGGGCUGGCUAGUGGCUAUAGGAAAGCUAACAUUUGGUACACUUCUGUUUUCUGGGGUCUAAAAAGAGACACCCCAGAGAAAGAAGACAGCCUACCAUGAGGCGGGACAAGAGUCAGCUGUGGGCACUUGGCGUCCUUCCCCGGCACCACGUGCUUCGCGGCUAAACUCAGUCAGAACUCAGUUACAAACUUUUAACAGGUUGGUAGCUCGACCUUGCGGAGUCAUUGGAGCAACAAGUAUUAAGGGUGCAUUUGGGGAGGUGUGCCUGAAAAAUCCGAGUAGAGCGGGGUCUGCAGAGGGCAGCUGAGGGUUGAGCAGCGUGACUCACAGCGAAGCCAUCCGCGCUCCACUUCUCCCGUCUAACAAAGCAAUGCUGGUGAGGGGGCAAACGAAGGAACUUAGUGGAAAAGAAACGCCAUAAGCGACUCAGCGGAUGGUGCAAGAACCCAGAGGUCAGGAACAGCUUUUUGCGGAUAUUCACCUCGGCAGUUUACAGUUAUACGUUUUUCCCACCAAAGAGUGUGUUAAUAAUGAUAAAUGGUUUGAAAUUUUAACACUUGUUUCUCAAUGUUCAAAUGAGAACAUCCUUCUUGAAAUGCUCAAGAUUAUUUCUAGACAUGCAUUUGCUUUUUUGUCAUAUCUGGCUUUUGAUUUUGGACUUGAGCUUUUUUAAAUGGAAAGUUGGCCAAGUGACCCAAAUGAAUCUUCCUGCCCAGAGUCACAUUCCUGGAUCACGGAUACGAUAUGAAAGGGCAUCUCCUGGACUUGCUUUUAAUUCUGUGUUAACCCACCAGCAUACUUUAAGGCUUUCAUGGGGGAAAAGGGAGUUAACUUUUCAAGCUUGGUUUGGCACGUGUGUACGGUUGGGUAAUAGUUUAACAAUCUCUGCUUCCAUUUUUUCUUUAAUUUUCCAUAAAAUGAGAUUGGUUAUGCUCACUAUGAAGUCCUAUUGUGAAGUGUAUGGAAAACAGCUAAAUAUAGAGUGACUAUUUUUGAGUUCCUAAAAUAAUUCCAGAUACGCUACUAGGGUUACCAAGAUGAGUGAAGUUGGAAUUCUCUUCCCAGGAAAUUCAUAACCACUUAUCCGGGUUAAUCUUCCUCCAAUCCCAUUUGCUCUUCAGUCAAUGUCUUUCUCUUCUUAAUGAAAAAUCAUAUAUCCCAAAGGGCAUGGAAGAAAUUGGGCAGUCGUGACACAUGUUUAUGACAUCGGCUAAGAGGCAAAUUCGGGAAGGGUACCUUGCUUCAGGAACCUGUAAUUCAGCCCCAUUUUAUCCAUUGACGGUGACUCUUUAUAAACAGAAAAUGGAGACUGUCUCUUGUGACUAUGAAGGGAGGAGAGAAGAGACUGAGCUGUAUGUAAUUCCUUCUACACCCUGGAAAGCCCAAUCAACCGACUUGCUCCUAGAAACCUGAGUGUAUAGCAGCUGUGACAACUCUGCAGUGCUCCCUAUGGCCCAGGCCCUGUGCUCCUUCUGAAAGCACAAAGCCAUCGUAUGAGGCAGGUGUGCCAUAGUCACAUUUACUGAAGAGGAAUUCAGGAGGCAGAAAGAAUUACACAGCUUGCUCAGCUACCACUAGUAAACGGCUGGCUGAGUGGGGCAUGCGCCUGGCCAGUCCUCUUGGCUUUACCCACUGUGUGAUGUGGCUUCUGCCCUGCAUGAAGCUAAACAAGAGAAAAGACCUUGUCUGGCAAACCUUCUUCUACCUGGCAGCUGUGUGGUCUUUGUUCAGCACUUUGAAAAGCAGGUAGCCCCAGAGGCAAGGCAGACAACUGGCUAUUAAAUGGAAAAAUUGACUUUUCACAAAAUAAACUCGUAAUCCGGAGUCUGUUCUACCUCCCUUCUUUUGAAUUUUUUUUCAAACAUCAAACUGCAAAGUAUAGAAACUAGAUAAAGAUUCUACAUAUCAUCCAAAUAAAUCUGCUCAAGUGGGCAUCUGUCAACAGAUUACUUGAAUUUCAUUGAGACGAGCAGAAAUGCCACCACCCCCAAGUACCCAGCCCGUGUACCUACCCCCAGACGGAGGGUGGGGCUGGGUGGUGGUGGGAGCCGCCUUUAUCUCCAUCGGAUUUUCCUACGCCUUCCCCAAAGCCGUCACAGUAUUCUUCAAAGACAUUCAACAGAUAUUCCAUGCUACCCACAGUGAAAUAGCGUGGAUAUCGUCCAUUAUGCUGGCUGUGAUGUACGCAGGAGGUCCCAUCAGCAGUGUCUUGGUGAAUAAACAUGGCAGCCGGCCGGUGGUGAUGGUGGGAGGUCUGCUGUGCUGUACGGGCAUGAUCUUGGCCUCCUUCAGCAAGACUGUCGUGCAGCUUUACCUCACCAUGGGAUUAAUUGUCGGCUUAGGUUUGGCCUUCAACCUGCAACCGGCCUUAACAAUCAUUGGCAAAUACUUCUAUUUGAAACGACCUAUGGCAAAUGGACUGGCCAUGGCAGGAAGUCCCGUUUUCUUGAGUACAUUGGCUCCUUUCAACCAGUACCUGUUUAACACCUACGGCUGGAAGGGAAGCUUCUUGAUUUUGGGAGGCAUCUUUCUGAACGCCUGUGUGGCUGGGGCCCUCAUGAGACCCCUUGAACCGAAACAAACUACUAAGUCUAAAAAUAAGAUUGGCGUAAAAGGAGAUGAUUCGGAUCUGAAGCAAACCCACAAAAAGAAAUCAGUAUGGGAAAAAAUUAAUAAGUAUUUAGAUUUCUCCCUUUUUAAGCAUAGAGGAUUUCUCAUAUACCUGUCCGGAAACGUCAUUAUGUUUUUAGGGUUUUUUGCCCCCAUUAUAUUCUUGGCUCCAUUUGCUAAGGACCAGGGUGUAGAUGAGUACUCUGCAGCCUUGCUCCUGUCCGUCAUGGCUUUCGUGGACAUGUUUGCCCGGCCUUCUGGAGGACUGAUUGCAAACUCCAAGUAUGUCCGACCCCGAAUCCAGUACUUCUUCAGCUUUGCCGUCAUGUUCAACGGAGUGUGCCAUCUGCUGUGCCCACUGGCUCGCACCUACACCAGCCUGGUGGUCUACGCUGUGUUUUUUGGCCUUGGGUUUGGGAGUGUCAGCAGCGUUCUCUUUGAGACGCUCAUGGACCUUGUCGGUGCCCAGAGAUUCUCCAGUGCUGUGGGCCUCACCACGGUUGUGGAGUGCGGCCCCGUUCUUCUCGGCCCGCCUAUUGCUGGUAAACUGGUGGAUGUAACUGGAGAGUACAAAUACAUGUACCUUACCUGUGGGGCAAUUGUGGUGGUGGCGAGUGUGUGGCUACUCAUCGGCAAUUGUAUAAACUAUAGCCUGCUAGAAAAGGAGAAGAAGGAGGAGCAGCGGGCAAGGAAGAAGAUGGGCAGUCUGCAGGACUCCACAGCGUCAGAGCACUCGACCAAAUCCAAGCACUCAAGAACCGGCUCCAGAGUAGACUCCAUCCACUCAGAAAGAGACCCUAGAAGUGUCUCCAGAGUAGACACCAUCCACUCGCAAAGAGACCCUAGAAGCGUCUCCAGAGUAGACACCAUCCACUCNNAAAGAGACCCUAGAAGCGUCUCCAGAGUAGACACCGUCCACUCAGAAAGAGACCCUAGAAGUGUCUCCAGAGUAGACACCAUCCACUCAGAAAGAGAAACUAACAUUUAACAAAAGUCAUGUCUCUAAUUUCAGUAUAUAUGAGUUGUCCUAUGAGUAUGUUUUGUUUUUCAAAAUAGUGGAAAAGUUUUUAAUUUCAAAAGAAAGUCACAGUUAAGGAUGGAGAUGAGAUUUUCCUCAAUGGUGUAUUUUUAAAUUUGUUUUUUCACACCUCUUUGGGUAGUUAGGUUUUGUGAUUGUGUAUAAAAUGAAUCCCCGUGGCCCGUGGAUUUAUUUCCAUAUAUGACUCUGGGUCUGGUAGUUAAAAUACUAGUAAUAUUAAAGCGUUCCAGUGAUUUCCAGUUCUGUGGCUCUCUGAAUGCCAAAUCCCUGAUUUAAGUCAUUGGAAGGAGGAUGUUUAAUUCUAAAAAAAUGAUCUCCUUCACACUUCAUUUUUUUAUUUGCUGUUAAGGUAUGAAUAGAAUUGAGGGAAAAUUAAUCCUCCUCUCCCACACACAAGCACACAUACUCUCACAUAGAUACCUCCAUGUUACAUAGAAUAUCUGGAGAAUAAAAAGCAAAUCCAAAAAAUAUUAUCACUGCAAUUUUAUUUUUUAAGUUAAAAAAUGAAAAGAAAAGGAAACGUGUGAUGUCUGUAUGUUGUAUUACACUGUGGAUUUAAAAAAUAAGCAUAUGGGUGAAAAUGAGAGUGAUCUUAAUUCAGAAAAGCAACUGACUGCUAGAAAAAGCAUUUGCACAAAUAAAAUAAGUUUGGUAAAGAAAAGAGAAAAAAAUUCCAUUGUAAGCCAUAUGUCUGAGCAUGGUUAGGCUCAUUAAUCCGUGCACAUGGCGUCUUUUGGAGAGAAGGGUAAGAAUUUGUACCUGGUGCUAGAGAUAGAACCUUUAGAUAAUUUUCAGAAUUUUUGCCUAAUAUUUAAAUGAAAUUCAAGAUCUGAGUGAUGCCUGGCAAUAAACUAUGGGCAUUGAUUCUAAAAGCAUUCUAGUUUGAAACCAGGGGAGAAAUAAUUAGGGAUUUCUUUCAACUGGGACUCAAUUCCUAAAAUGCCAGAGAAGAAUAACCCGAAAUCCUCACUGGCAGAUUUAUAAAUAGAUUACAUUCUAAUUUUGCCCAGCACACACUGGUGGUCAGAGGUGACUAUUACCAGUAAUACAUCUGAGUACAACUAAGUGGGAGAGGUGGUUUCAAUGAGCUCAGCACCCUCACACCCACAAGAUGCCAAAGCAAAAACCACACUACAAACAGGCUUAUACUCGGCCCCUGAAAACACUUCAUGCUGUUGACACCGCUGGACUUGAAAAUUAUCCCUUCUGCUGACGAGACUCUCUGCUCCCUUUGAACGUAACUAAACCAAGAAACUGUUAGAAGGUUCUAGAAACAGACGCUGUGUGUGACUUGGAAUCAUAGGUACAGUACAGAGCAUGACAACAGGCAGCUUGAAAUAGCCCCUGCUCAUUUAGCAGUUGGUCAUUUUCAUAACUACGUGAAAACAUCUUGAAUCCAGAGGCAAAUGAUAGUUCUGCUCUUUCAAGAGGCUAAGUAACAUUUCGAGUGAGAAACUCCUUUUAAGCAAGAAAUAAAUUGUACAUCAUGAUUAAGAUGAUAAAUAUUUUCAUCUUUAAAUAUGAAGUUUAAAUUCACAUUGUGAUUAGUAAAAAGCACUUAGGGCUUGAUUACUGAUGUGAUGUCACUCUUAUAAUAUCAGAGGGAAUUUGUUACUCUUUUUUGGUUGCUGUUUUUUCCUAUGAAAUCUGGAUGCCAGGCUUUUCUAACGGCUAACAUUAAGGGUUUGAUUCUUAAAAUUUAUGCGCUGUUGAAGCAUGUGGCUCCUAGUCAAGAAGCUUUAUAAAAUUCCAUGUAACAUACACUUUUUUGCAUUGAAGAGGUAUUUCUAUUUUUCAAAUAUUAGGUAAAACCAGUGUGCCAAUGUCAUAGGUAAAUAAAUCAGGAAAAAUGUGGCACUAUAUGGCUGUUUUUAAUUUAGUUUCACUCAAUUUUGAUUCUUGAAAUAGUGAUUUUUGUAUUAGUGCUUUUGUAUUCAACCCUGACUAGUCAUAAGAAAUGUAACAUCAUAAAUUAGGUAGUACCUCUCCAGUGAUAAAUUUCUAAAAACCGCUUCAAGUUUCCAGAGUAUCUUGAAUUAUCUGCAAAUAUACGUUUAAAACAAUAUAAAUAUCAGAUCUCAGGGGAAAUAAAUAACAAAUUAAUAGUCACAGGGUUUUAGGGCUGAGGCUUCUUAUCACCUGCUAGUAGAGACGGGUUGUUGGUCCAUUGCAGUGGUCUUCCCCGUCGAAGGAGGUUUCUUUAUUACUGAUGAGUUUCUUGUCAAGUCAAAACCAAUUCACAGUUGCCCAGCUGUUCUUUGGUUUUCUCCAUUAAUUCUUCAUUUCUAGCACUGAUUAUAUUAAAGUACAGGUGCAUAUUUGAAGCAAAUGACUUGGACAGUCACAACUAGCUGUGGUGCUUUGCAGAGUUACAGAUACGCACACGUUAAUUCUGGCACAUAAAUGCUGAAAAUUAAACCAGGACAUACUUGAGACAGUGGCAUAAACUCAUCUAGGAUUCAGAAUUGUUCCAGGGUGAUAGAAAUCCUUCUAUCAACCCUUUCAACCUAUUAGAAGAUUGAUUGCUUUAACAGACUCUUUCAAAGAUUGAGAAAGAAUAUACCCAUGGGCCUGUAACAUUAUUAUAUGUGUAAUCACAUGAAUGGGGAGGAAGUACAGUGGCCUUCUGUGUCUGUAACAGUCAGUACAGAGAAGAGCCCUUAGCCUGAGAAACAGCAAGUUUUAAAAGUUCAAGAUAUCAUGAAGCAAUGUCAGAGUUAGCCACUAAAAUCCCUGUGACACCCUGUCCCCCUGUGAAGAACUCACACGGCAGGAAGGAUGCCCAAACCAAGGAUACCCAAAUAAUUCCUGCUCACUGGCUGGAUUAAAUGUUUCCUCAUUUGUGUUAGCUGGGCACCCCAUAUUUCUCACCGUUUAACCUUAAAUAUGCCUUUGCUGACUCAUGCUAAGCUCUUCCCACACCCUUUCCUGAAUCCUUUUGCUUCCAAACAGCCCACUUUUAGAAGGCAGUAGGUCAGGUUUUAGUGUAUCUCUCACUGGAACAGCUGUUUUCUCAGUAUAAAUCCGCAUAACUCAUACCUUUCACUUCUUUAGUGCCAAACUUCAGCCACUGGAGCUCAUGGGCCUGUGGACACUAGGAGAUAAGUAAAAGGUGUUGCUCUCAGGUGGUCAGAGGUGAGCUUUACAAAUCUAGGUGUUUUAUUCUCCCCACUCUCUGGCUGUAUAACAUGAAAAAAAAUAUAUGUGUAAUAUAAGUCUAUGUUCUUACGGAGACAUCAGAAAUAUAUGUCAUCCUUGAUUAGUUUAAAUUUAGUUUCACCAAAAACACCUUUUUAUUGAAAUAAACCCUCUUAGGCAGACUUUUAAUUAGGCAAAACAAAAAAUUAUGAUUGUUAAGCUCAAUUUAAUAGGCUGAAAGGUUGCAAAGUGGGAAGGGGACUAAUAUUUAUGUGUCAUGAACUUUGCUUACACAAUGCCUUUUAAUAUUCAAACUAAGACAGGGCAGAUGUUAUUAGCUUGAUAUGAUAGAUGAGUGAAACCCCCAAACAAAGCAGCUUAGCAGAUUACCCAGAGUUAAAAGGUAGCAUGUGAUAGAAUCAAAAUCAAAACUCAUUCACCUAAAAGCAGAAGGACUCGUACAGUGUUAUUACCAUGCUGUAUUCUGAGAGAAGCAACAGAAAUUAAGGAAGAUGAAAUAUAAUACAGGUUCAAAAAAAAAAAAACUAAAUCCUAUGUGGUAAACCAAUUAGGGUUGACUGCAAUUUGUUUUAUUAUUUAUUUAGUGUUUAUUAGAGAAUUGAUAUGGCCUAAAUACAUCAUUUUAAAUUUCCUGCUUUUUCUACUUAAUACAGAUUAUCUCAGAUAAUGGUAAUUAUAUAAUGGCUGAAUUGUUUUAAUGGGAGUCAUUUUCUUGUGAAAAUAUUGACACAUAUUUCGUAUUGUACAAAAGUAUUGAUACCCUCAGGUAUAACAUAUUUUUCCCGAGGUUGAAGUUAGAAGAAAGGUGUUAUUUUUUAUGAAUAAGUAAUCCACAUAUUGGUCCCUGUUUCUUAUGACUCAAAAGUAAAAUGCCUUUCUUAUAGAACAUUAUAUUUAGAAUUUUAGUGAUUAUCUCAUUUAUAGGAUUAUCUGAAGCUACUAGAAAAGAUUAUGAGAUACAAAUGAUUUGUUUUAUCUCUCCAGUACACAUUCAUUUUCCCCACCUAAUACACCCUCCCUCACCCUCAUUUGUCCAGUUUCUCUGGACAGCUUGUACUGUCAUUCUCUCCUCUGUCCAUUUGUUCCAUAGAGACAACAGGUGUCAUUGGUUCUGUCUUGUCCAACGAGACUCUGAAGUCCUGAGAAUGGCGUGCUCUUUGCCUCUGUUCAGACAGUGCACUCCAGAUGCGUUAUAUUCUUCAUGGAGUCAUCCUCGCUGCCGCCAGUGGGCUCAUUUCUCCAUGAUUUGCAGAAACAACCACAUUCCAGAGGCCAACUGUGCACACAAAUCAGGCAACCCCUCUGACUGUCAACUUGAGGUUUCCUAGUGGAGAAAGUGCAUAGAAUCUAGAAAAAAAAAUUGUUAAUAUGAGUUUUCCUUAUGCAAAACUAAAUAUAUAAUUGAAUGUGAUUUUAAAGAAUAUUGAAAAACUAAUCUUCCUGUCCUUGGGACUUACUGUCCUGGAUGUUUCUACUUUUCUUAAAGUGCCUGAUAUCUUCCAGAAACAAACCUUAAUCCUCACAGCAUUGCACCAUUGUAUCUCUGAUUCUGUAGCCUCUAUCAAUAUAGUGGCAUCACUGUCCACAAAACCAAACUGCAUCAAAAUUAGUAAGAAUACAAACUAAAGUCACAAUCGUGACUUUAUUUAUCUCUUUUUUGUUUAGGUUUGAUUUCUUUAUACCCCAGUUAAAAGCCAAGAGGCCCAGUUAGCAAUAAUUAAUCAAUGCUUGCACAAUUGAAAUAAUAAGUCAUCUUUCUUGAUAUAAUUUAAAAAAUGAAUAUUUUGCUGAGCUCAGGUCAUUUUGUAUACUUCUGAUUUUCUUUCUUUCUCUGUCAAUCGUUUGUACACUGUAGGUUUUGGUUCUUUGUAAGGUCCUGGAAAGUGUUCAUUUUAAUUUUCUCUCCCCUACUGCUUUUUCUUCACUUUAAUUCACUUGGGGCAGAUCUUGAAAGAAUCGCUGUGUGCCGAGAAUGGUGAUUUUAACCUUGAGAGAAAAAUAAACAUCACAAAAUGAAUUUUUUUUUGCUUUUUACCUCCUCUCUCCUUUCCCUUCCUAUCAUUGUUUUUAAAAAUUAUUUUCCUUCCUUUGCUUUUUGUAAUGUCUAGGUAGCUUCCUUUAGCACUUUUUUUAUUAACUGAGGACUUUUUUAGUAUGAGAUUGUUGUUUCUUUGGCAGAUUUAGUUUCACUUCCACUACUUGCAUGAUCUAUGGGUUUUCCAGUCUUCACAUAGACUUGUUAGUAAGAUAGGCAACGUUCAGGAGUGUUCAAUAGGCAAUCGUUCAGCGAUCAUAAGUUAAUUAACAUUUCAGCAAAUGUUAAUCUAUUUUUUACUGCCUGGAUGAAACCGUAUUUUUUUUGUUUCUCAGUAAAUGUUAAUGUAUGUUUUUUACUCUCUCAAUGAAAGAACAUUUUUGUUUGUUUUUAAUUCAACUGUGGCAAAUAAGCUAGAGAAGCUUUGUGAGGAGAUGAUGGCAGUGAGCGCCCCAUGAAGGCGUGAGAAGCUGGUGAAAUGUUUGGUUCAGGAAAGCAAAACAAGGGGAUUUUUAUCACGCAUAAAUUUUAGUGUGAAAUUUUAAAAUAUAUUCUUUUGAUUAAGACAUGCUUUCUAAUUUACUUGACUAUGUGUCUGAAAUAAGUUUUUUUGAGUGAGACCCACUUUAUACAGCCCGUUCCAUAGAGUACAGAUUUCUGAUAUUCUGUUCAGUAGAGUUUAGUUUUCUUGUGCUUGCUUUCUAUUUGUAACUAACAUGAGUAUUUCUAAAUUUAGUGAAAUAGGACAUGUGAAUUAAAAUGUUUAUUUUCUGAGCUUUAGGUGUAACUAUUUUUAUUUGUAUUAUAUGUUGGUUUUGAUAUAUUUAUGUAUCAAAGAUGCAGUUAAUUAACUCAUUUAUCUUCUCAACCUUCUAAGUAGUCUUGUUAGAUAUCUACAUUUUUACAGUCAAGACAGAUCAGAUGAAGGUAUUUGCCUAAACAUAUCAUAAAUGGAGGGUUGGAGACAGGACUAAAUCUUGUGACUUCCAACAUAACUUUUUCUCCAUUGUGCUACGUACACUAUUAUGUUGGUAAUGGUGACCUUUGUAAGUGAAUAAAAUAUUUUCGUAGAAAUACAUGUAACACACUUUGAUAUAAAGCCUUUAUAUACUUUGCAAAAUCAUGUUUGCAGGCUUAAUUUGAGGAAUAUUUGCUGAGUGCCACCGGGAGACAUUUCUGGGUAAAUUUGAAAUAAUAACUAGUGGGAUUACUUAUUUUUGCACAGUAUAUAUUGUUACAGCAAUAUUCAAGUCUCUAAAAGAUACCCACAUGGUGUUAAUAGAAAUUGUGUGUAAAUAUGCUGUCCAUUCAUUUUAUGCGUAUGCUGAUUUUUAUUUUGGAGGUACCACUCCUUUAUUUGUCUUCUAAAAUUAAAGCAUUUAAUUCUUAAAUUGUGUGCAAGAAAGUAUUGC